AAAUCCCAUUUAAGUAUUUAACAUUUAAUAGCAUUGGGACAAGUGACAAUUUAUGCACAAUAAAGAGAAAGUAAUAAAGUCGCAUGCGCGCCUCACCCUCUAUAUAUACAGUUUCUUUCUGCACUUAUUGAAAGCCUUAGACAAGAGUAGAGAAGUAGAUAAACGAAAUAUAUUAAUGGCAGCAGGGGGAUUCGCCAUUGAUGCUUCGGCUAACGGAUUCGAUGGUAGGAUCACAUUCUCCGUUGUCAUCACUUGUAUUGUUGCUGCAUCCGGUGGACUCAUUUUUGGAUAUGACAUUGGGAUUUCGGGAGGUGUAACAACUAUGAGACCGUUUCUUGAAAAAUUCUUUCCAGCAAUACUUAGAAAAGCUGCUAGUGCGGAAACAAACGUAUACUGCGUGUAUGAUAGUCAAGUAUUGACAUUGUUCACGUCCUCCCUCUACCUGGCGGGGCUGGUGUCGUCUCUUCUAGCUAGCCGAGUCACCACGGCAUUGGGCCGGAGAAACACCAUGAUCUUGGGUGGUUGUAUCUUCUUCGCCGGUGGGGUCAUUAAUGGUAGCGCUGAAAAUAUCGUCAUGCUCAUAUUGGGUCGCAUCUUGUUAGGCUUUGGAGUUGGUUUUACUAAUCAAGCCACUCCAGUGUACCUGUCUGAAAUUGCACCACCUAAAUGGCGAGGUGCCUUCAACACAGGCUUCCAAUUCUUCAUCGGAGUCGGCGUGGUGGCCGCGAACCUUAUAAACUACUUCACAGCAAACCACUCGUGGGGCUGGCGACUCUCUCUCGGCCUCGCCGCCGUCCCAGCCACCUUCAUGACUGUCGGAGCAUUCCUCAUCCCCGACACCCCGAGCAGCUUAGUAGAACGUGGCAAAAUAGACCAAGCACGACAAGCGUUACAGAAAGUAAGAGGCCACACAACAAAUGUGGGACCCGAACUAGAAGAACUGAUUCGGUUUUCGAAAACCGCCAUGAUGGAUCAAGAGAGAUUCGUAACCAUAUUUGAGAGGCAGUAUAGGCCUCAGCUGGUUAUGGCUUUUGCUGUGCCAUUGUCUCAGCAACUUACUGGGAUCAAUAUCGUUGCAUUCUAUGCGCCUAAUUUGUUUCAGUCUGUGGGAUUUGGUAACCGCUCCGCUUUGCUUUCAGCUGUUAUAUUGGGACUCGUCAACCUUGGUUCCAUACUGGUGUCUGCUUCCAUUGUUGACCGAUUUGGUCGCAGAUUCUUGUUCAUUGCUGGUGGUAUUCAAAUGCUUCUCUGCAUGACUGCAGUGGGUGUGGUGUUAGCACUAGUGAGUGGCGUUGAAGGCACAGAAAGCAUUUCGAAGGGGAACACUAUACUCAUAUUGGUGCUGCUCUGCUUCUACGCCGCAGGAUUCGGUUGGUCAUGGGGCCCCCUCUGCUGGCUGAUUCCUAGUGAGAUCUUCCCCUUAAAGAUCAGGUCUCCUGGCCAAAGCAUUGCCGUUGCAGUUCAGUUAUUAACGGUCUUUAUUUUAUCCCAAACGUUCUUGAGAAUGCUAUGUCACUUUAAGUUUGGGACGUUCCUGUUCUAUGCGGCUUGGAUUGCACUGAUUACUAUCUUCAUUAUUCUGUUCAUGCCUGAGACCAAGGGGAUUCCGUUGGAUUCCAUGUAUAUCAUAUGGGGAAAACAUUGGUAUUGGCGUCGGUUCGUUGUUGAACCACAAGUUAAUCAAUAAAAUCUUCCAUGAAUUGCAGGGUCAUGCUACUGUAAAGAAUAAAAUUUUGGUGAAAAAUAAAGAUGGCUUCUUUUAGUAGAAGAAGCUCCAAGCAAAAAUUUUAUGAUUUGCAUUGUAUAUAUUCUUUAAAAAUUUAACAAAAAUCUUCAUUCUCCAUCAAAUUGUACUCAUCACUAAAGAAAUUUCCUAAAACAGAGAAUAAAACUCCCGUUGGGUUGCCUUUGAUUUGUGAUAUUAUUUUGUAAGCCGGGAAUAAUGUUUGAUUUAUUGACUCUUCUU